AUGCCUGCAGACACCGCACCCUCACAGGACGUCAAGCGUAAAGCUGCGCGCGAAGUCAUCGACAUCCUCCAUGAGAUCGCGACACUGCUUAACACGAAGUUGGACCGCCAACAGCUUUCCUACUGUGUUUCUCUCAUCGAAAAUGGUGCAAAUCCCGAAGCUCUAGCUAACGUCAUCCGCGAGCUGCGCGAAGAAUACGGCACAGACUCGGUCGACGGAGCAGAAUCUGGCGCACACUGA